UCUAUUAAUACAUUUGAAAACAUUUUGAAUCAAACAUUAGUUUUAUAAUUGAUUUGAUAUUUGUUUUCAAUUGAAUUAAAUUAAUUGAUUUGAGUUUAAAUAUAUUAUGGACUCAAUCGGUGAUAAAGAUAUGGAUAACAACAAUAUGGAUGAAGACAUGUCUGAUAAUGAUAAUAGUGAUGAAGCCGUAGAUGACGACAGCGAUGAUGACAAUGAAGAUCAACAGAUAAUGUUAGACAUCAAUCGAUUACAAGAAGAGUUGUCAAUCAAUUCAUACGAUUAUCAAAAACACAUGGAUUUGAUUGACAAACUCGAGUCUUGUGACGAACUUGAACUGAUCCGUGAGGCCAGAGAACGCAUGAGUCGCGUCUAUCCAUUGACACCGAGUUUAUGGCUUAAGUGGAUCAACGAUGAGAUCAGAAUCGCCACAACUCUUGACGAGAAAUCAAAUAUCAUUAAACUGUUUGAUCGGGCGGUCAAUGAUUACACUUCACUUGAUAUCUGGUUAGAGUACGUCCAGUACUCGAUUGGUUUGAUGGAUACGUUGGGUGUCGACGGAAUCAGAAGAAUAUUUGAACGAUCGCUUACUUAUGUGGGACUCAAUGUCGACAAAGGAGUUCUCAUUUGGGACACAUUCAGAGAGUUUGAGAAAUUUAUACUUCAAUCGAUGGACGGCGAAGAACAACAUUUGAACGAUGAGCUCAAGAAACAAAUUGACAGAAUUCUAGAGUUAUAUCGACGCCAACUAUCACUUCCUCUCUUAGGAAUGGAUAACAGUUAUAGCGAAGGACAGGAGUGGUGUAAAACUAUUGUUGAAAAAUACUCGAUUGACAUUAAUUUUGAUUCAAUUAAAGCCGCUUAUGAUAAGGCAUUUAAUGAACUCCAGAAACUCAUACCAUAUGAAGAAGCGUUACAGACAUCAGAAGCACCACAUUAUGAACAAUAUAUCAGAUAUAUAGAGUAUGAGACCCAUAACAGUACUCCACAAAGAGUUCAAUCCAUAUAUGAAAGAGCACUGAUUGAUAAUUGUCUUAUUUCUGAUUUAUGGCACAAAUACGUGACUUAUUUGGACAAAAAGGUAGUAAUUGAUACUAUUUUGUUGCCCGUCUAUGAACGUGCGGUCAGGAAUUGUACGUGGAGUUCAAUUAUAUGGAUCAGUUACUUAAGAGCAUUGGAACGGCUCAAGUCUGACCAUAAAAAAGUUAUGGAAACAUUAGAGUCGGCACUAGAGGUGGGCUUUCAGGACCCGAAUGAAUACUUGCAAACAUGGCUGACAUAUUUGGAUUACUUGAGACGCAAAACCAAUUGGAAAGAUGACAAUGAAGUGAAAAGUUUGCGCAACACCUUUGAGAAGGCCGUCGAGCACUUGACUAACAUUGAUAGCUCUGAUCCUAAUUGUUUAGUAUUGCAAUACUGGGCUAAAAUUGAGGCCAAGUUUUGUAAUAACAUUGAAAAGAGUCGCGAAUUAUGGAAUGAAUUGAUGAAAUCACGACCAGAUAUCUCAUCUCAGGCCCAGAACUGGAUUACUUUCUCGCGUUUGGAAAAACAAUACGGAAAUGACAAACAUUAUAGAAAAAUCUUAUUAAGAGGACUCAACGCAUCCAGUGAUUGGCCCGAAAGUGUUGGACAACUAUUGCUAGAGUUUGAACGCGAAGAAGGCGUUUCUAUUGAAAGUUUUGAUGAAGUGUUUAAUAAAUUUGAGACAAUUAUGAAUAAAACUAAUGAAAAACGUAUUAAACUCGCCGAACGAGAAGCCGAAGAAAAGAAACGCCAAAAGACUAAUAAAAAAGCUGAGAAAUAUGAACUGAAGAGAGCGGCCAAACGUAAAGCAGGCGAACAAACCUCGACAACCAUUGAUGACAAACUAAAGCUAACAACAGCUGAUGUCGACGCCGACGGAUUUAAAAUACCUCAAACUUCUGUAUCGACGCCUAAGAAAUCUAAGACAGAAAUAAAUGAGUCUAAGAUUAGACCAGUCAUUGAAACAAAAGAUGAUAAAAGUAGAAGUAGUCAAACAUCUGAUUCACAACAAUCAGAAGUACCCACACAUGGAGUGACCUAUAAGGGUGACGGGUCUAAGGAUUUGCAAACAGUUUUUGUCAGUAAUUUGGAUUUUAAAAUAAAUGAAACACAACUUGGCUCUGCUUUUGAAAAGUUUGGCCAAAUAUCUGACAUACGAUUAGUUCGUAACUAUAAGGGUUUGUCUAAAGGUUACGCUUAUGUUGAAUACGAGUCGAUUAGUUCAGUAAAAGAUGCGCUAAAACACGACAGAAUGCCAUUAGAAGGUCGACCCGUAUUUAUAUCUGAAAUGGGAAGGAAAGCAAAGUUUAGUUUUAGUUCAUCCGUUGAAAAACACAAAAUUUAUGUUAAAAAUCUUUCAUUUGAUACCAAAAUUGAAGACUUGAGAAAAGUAUUUGAAAAAUAUGGUUCACUUAAAGACGUCCGACUCGUUACGUAUAGAAACGGUCACUCAAAAGGUUGCGCUUACGUCGAGUUUACCGAUGAAUCUUCGGCACAAUUGGCCGUAAAAGAAUCCGACGGACUAUUGGUUGAUAAUAGGAAUAUAAUUGUUGCCAUCAGUAACCCCAACGCUAAACCUAUCAGUCGUGAAGACCGAACAUUCAGUUCAGUACAGACAGCAAACGGAAGCGACACAUUUACAAGAUAUUCAAAGACAAGAAUAAACGCACCAAUGAUUCCGACAGCUCUUCGCGUUCAAAGGCAGACACAAAAUGGAGACAAAGAGACGUCUUCGGGGUCGACAUCAAACUCAGGACAACCAUUAAGUAACAAUGAUUUCAGAAAUUUACUUUUGACUAAAAAAUAAAUACAUAAUCAAUAAAUGCGUUUAAAUAUUAAUAGCAUUGUAUAUA